AUGACAGCAACAAACAACAACAGCAACUUUAUCAUUUCUGAUGAAAAAGUUAUUGAUUCAUUAGCUGAGGAAUUAGUUGUGGCAGAAACUAAAACCCUCAACGAAAGAAUUGGUGAAAACAAGAUUGAUUUACACAACUACCUCAAACAUGAUGGAGGAAGAGGAAGGAAAACUGGUAUGGCUUUAUUAGUAAAUAAAAUUCAAAAUUUAACUAUUAUAGAUGUUGAGAUCAAUAAAUCAUACAAUGAUGAACUUAAAGAAACAGUUAGAAAAGAUAUUUUAUCAAAACUUUCGGAUAAAGAUGUUACCGUUAAAACCGCUUCAGGAGGUCUUCACAUUUAUUGUAACACUAAUUUCUUCUAUUCAGUUUCAAACAGAAUGAUUAAAUGCUAUUCCUGCAAUGAUUAUGAUAUUGAUAUCAUGACUUAA